CAAAUUCAGGCUGCUGGACGCUUGCCUCCGCCCAUCAUGAUGAACUUCGAGGAUGUGGAAGACAGAGAUGGCGUCCGGCUUUCCUGGAAUGUAUGGCCUUCGUCGCGGAUAGAGGCGACGAGGACGGUGGUCCCGAUAUCGGCGCUCUACACGCCUUUGAAGAUCAGGGAGGAUCUGCCGCCCGUGCUGUACGAGCCGGUCGCAUGCAAGCCCCCCUGCCGCGCAAUCCUGAACCCAUACUGCCAGAUUGACAUCCGCGGAAAGCUGUGGAUAUGUCCGUUCUGUCUAUCACGAAACGCUUUCCCGCCGCACUACAAGGACAUCUCCAGCACGAACUUGCCUGCGGAGCUCCUUCCCAAGUACACGACUAUCGAAUACACGCUCGCCCGCCCCGCGCAGGUCCCUCCGAUCUUCCUCUUUGUGGUCGACACUUGCUUGGACGAUGACGAUCUCAAGGCAUUGCGUGACGCGCUUGUCGUGAGCUUGAGCUUGAUCCCGCCCUAUGCGCUUGUUGGGCUCAUCACCUUCGGGACGAUGACCCAAGUUCACGAGAUCGGGUACCCAGACUGCAGCAAGUCAUACGUCUUCCGUGGUGGAAAAGAGUACCAGCCCAAGCAGAUCCAGGACAUGCUCGGGCUCAGUGGCCAAUCGCGCGCAGCUCCGCGCCCAGGACAGCCGCUUCCCCAGACUGCCUACGGCGCCGCUCGCUUCCUCAUGCCGGUGCAGCAGUGCGAGUUCCAGCUCACUGGAAUCCUCGAGUCGCUCCAGCGCGAUCCCUGGCCCGUCGCGAACGAUAAGCGUGCCCUGCGUUGCACUGGUGUUGCCUUGAGCGUUGCUGUCGGGUUGCUCGAGACGACCUUCCCCAACACUGGCGCCCGCAUCAUGCUAUUCGCGGGUGGCCCUGCCACGGAGGGACCCGGCAUGGUUGUGAGCAGCGAGCUGAAGGAGCCAAUCCGAUCCCACCAUGACAUCGAACGCGAUAGUGCUAAGCACUUCAAGCGGGCGAACAAGUUCUACGAGGGAUUGGCGAAGCGGGCAUCGAACAACGGUCACGUCAUCGACUUGUUCGCCGGCUGUCUUGACCAAGUCGGCUUGCUUGAGAUGAAGUCUAUGCCCAACUCGACGAACGGUGUCAUCGUGCUCUCCGACUCUUUCGCCACGUCGAUCUUCAAGCAGAGCUUCCUUCGCAUAUUCAACAAGGACGAGCAAGGCCACUUGCAAAUGGGCUUCAAUGCUACGUUCGAUGUGCAGACUACCAAAGAGCUGAAGGUGUCCGGCCUCAUCGGCCACGCAAUUUCUGCUGGCAAGAAGUCUGCUUGCGUCGGUGAGACGGAGAUUGGCAUCAGCCAAACGUCUGCCUGGAAAAUCAACACCCUCACGCCGCGAACAUCCGAGGCUAUCUACUUCGAGGUCGUCACGCCGGCAGGGCAACCCCUUCAACCCGGCUCUCGCGGCCUCAUCCAAUUCGUCACGCACUACCAGCACGCUUCAGGCCAGAUGCGGUUGCGCGUCACGACCAUUGCCCGCAACUUCGCGGAGGCCGGCUCGCCCAGCAUUGCGGCGUCGUUCGACCAGGAGGCGGCUGCAGUACUCAUGGCGCGGAUCGCUGUCUUCAAGUCCGAAAUCGACGACGCGCCGGAUGUGUUGAGAUGGUUGGACCGCAUGCUCAUUCGCCUGUGCCAGAAGUUCGCGGAUUAUCGCAAGGAGGACCCAACGAGCUUCCGAUUGUCGGACAACUUCAGCAUCUACCCGCAGUUCAUGUUCCAUCUUCGUCGUAGUCAGUUCCUGCAGGUGUUCAACAACAGUCCGGAUGAGACGGCAUUCUACAGACAUGUGCUCAACGAGGAGGACGUGAACAACUCCCUGAUCAUGAUCCAGCCUACGCUCAUGUCGUAUACUUUCGACACGCCACCGCAGCCGGUGCUCCUCGACAGUGUCUCGAUCAAGCCGGACGUCAUCCUCCUGCUCGAUACGUUCUUCCACAUCCUCAUCUUCCACGGCGAGCAAGUCGCGCAGUGGCGGAAGGCGGGGUACCAGGAGCAGGAAGGCUACGAGAACUUCAAGGAGCUGCUGGAGGCGCCCGUCGCGGACUCGCAGGAGCUGCUGGCGGACCGCUUCCCGAUCCCACGGUACAUCGUAUGUGACCAGGGCGGGAGUCAGGCGCGGUUCUUGCUGUCGAAGCUGAAUCCGUCGACGACGCAUAUGUCGGCGACGAUGUAUGGGUCGCCGGCGGGCGCGGCGGGGCAGGCGAUCUUCACGGACGAUGUGAGCUUGCAGGUGUUCAUGGAGCACUUGAAGCGCUUGGCCGUUGGUGCGCAGACGAACUAGGAGGGAGUGGAACGAGAGCGGACGUACUCUAUUUUAUUCAUUCUGUUUUCUUGACGCUGUUCAUUAGAAUUGUUGGAGGUUGCAGCCGUAA